AGAGCUUGCCGCUGGCUGACCUUCUGGGAGGAAGUGCAUCACCGCAGACACAACAGAUCUGGUACUACUGGCUGACACAGUUGAGAUGGAAGUCGUAAACACCUACUGUAUUGUUGGUAAAGCUAUGCAUUACUUGCUUGUGUUUUCCUGUGAUCUGAUUCACUGAUUAUUACUGUAUGUGCCUUAUGUGCAAUGGAAGCAAAUUAAAGCUGCAUUUGGCUGGUAGGGUGUUUUAGAAACUUUAAUUUAAUUACCAACAGCAGCAGGAGCAGCAUAGUUUAUGAUAUGACACAAAUCACAAAGUGUCUGUUUGCUUCUAAGGCCGUUUCACUAGUGAUUGUUUUUUCUGUAAAAAACUUUAUUAUUCCUUUCAGAAUAAGACAAGCGUUGUUUGUUUUGAAUGCCGUUAAUUCAGCUCUUAACAAAUGAAAUGUGAAAUUGAAAAUCUGUCAAAUCUAGAAACACAAUGUAGUAUUUAAUAUAUGGAUUAAUCCAAUUUCACUUGAUUUCAUUUUACAUGAUGACGACUAACUAACUAGCAUCUUUAUGCAGUAUUACUCCAUGUGCUCAUGUGUCAUUAAGAAAUUUUAAUGCAAGAUCUUUGUUUUUCAAUCAGCAAAUACCUUUUCAUUUACUACAAUAUGCUUAGUAAUAUAAUAACAUAAUAUAUUUUUCUGCUUGUCUUUAAUAAUUCAUUUGCUUAAAUAAUUCACAGUUGCCACGACCUGUCUCUUGUAAUUAUGGCUUAAUUAAUAAUAGUCCACAAAUUUAUAUAUGAAUAAAUUAAUGACUUGUAAAAUCCUGUCAUGAUGUUUGAUUCCAAACAAAAUCAUCUACACAUGAGAAGAGGUCAGAGGGCCAAAGUCUUACUGAAAGUAAAAGUCCCACAGCUCAGGUAAAAGAAGCAUAAUUGCCUCUAAAAUAUACACAUGGUGGGUAAGAAUGUACAAGCUGAGCACAGACCCUUGAAAAAGGUGCUAAAUUACAGAGCAACAACCUCAUUUGUUGCUGUUCUGCUGUAGAUCCUGUGGACGAACUUUGACUCUUUGUGCCCUGGGGCCUGUUUUCAGUCCGUUCAUGAGACCAGCACAAGACCCAACAGUUGACUUGCAGUGAACAGUGAAGUUACCUAUAGACUUGGAGCACAAUGGAAAGCGCUCUGACGCGUCCGCAGCGAGGAGCAGCGCAGUGAAACAGGCGCAAAGUGCGCAAUAAACCCACCGCGUGGGUUAAGUGGGUUUGUCGCAGGUGUCGAUUUAACCGCAGGGGAGGAGCGAGACGGAGCGGCAGCCUCGAGGCGGAGACCGAGUCCCGCUGGGACCACAACGCAGAUUCCAGCACGGCGUCCGGACGCGCAGCCUCAGGUUGAAUUCUGCGCUGUUCUGCAGACAGUAAAGGACUCGUCUGCCUGAAAAAGGACACUGUCUAAGCCGUGGGCCUCCAAGCAUCAUUGGCUAAUGUAAAGGAUGCUUCGGCCUCAACAUCAGACCUGGAGGUAACCCCACGUCAUCUGUGUUGUGGCCCUUUGUGCACUCCUGAGUGGAGAUGGUCUACAGGAGCACAUGCUGGGGGACAUGUAUGUGGUUCCAGAGUCUGCUGGCCAUCACCAUGGGCAACUGUCUCUCACAUGCCCAAAGUCCUGUCAACUACUCUGUGGUAUAUACCAUGCCUUUCUUCCAAGCCCAGGGUCCCAUCCAGAACAUCGUCAACAACUCGUUCUACCAGGAGGUGUACGUGGCGUCUCAAAAUGUGAUUGAGGCGGUGAACAGAAGCUUGGAGAAGGUGUGGGAGCUCCACACUGGGCCUGUCGGAAGCCCAAAGUGUCAAAUCUGCGAUUUGUGCAAAAUUGAUAAAGAUCCCAACUUCCUGGAGGACACAAACAAUCAGGUCUUGUUGUUGGAUACUCUCUUUAUGUAUUUAUAUUCGUGCGGAAGUUCUCAGUACGGCGUCUGCUACUUCCACCAGCUGAAAUCAGACGGAGAGUCGCCCUCUCUCUCCAAGUGUUUGUUCAGGAAGGGCUCGAACUCGGCAGCCUACUGUCCUGACUGCGUGGCCAGCCCUCUGGGCACCAAAGUCACCAUGGUUGAGGAGGGUCAGACUGUCUACUUCUUUGUGGCCACCACCGUUAAUGACAGUGUGGCCCAGCGUUAUGCCAGGAAGUCUAUAUCCGUUCGCCGACCCCUGGCCACUGAGGACGGAUUCUACAGCGACGUCCGCAGCCUGACUGUUCUCCCAGCGCUGCGGAGGACGUACCAUAUUGAAUACGUCUACAGCUUUUUCACCCAGGAGUUCGUCUACUUCGUCUCAGUGCAGCGCGAGAGCCCCGAUCAAGAUUCGUCUCCCUUUCAGACUCGCCUGGGACGUCUGCCGCGGAACGAAUGGGAGAUGAAGAGGUACCGUGAGCUGAUCCUGGAGUGUCGCUUCGAACCGAAACGCCGGAGGAGGAAUGUGGCCAGCGAGCCGUACAAGGACGUGGUGUACAACGUGGUCCAGGCGGCCCACUUCGGGAAGGCGGGCAGGGAGCUGGCGGAGGAGCUGGGGGCAGAGGAGGACGACGACAUCCUCUACGGAGUUUUUGCUGUCACGGAUGAUAACGGGGUCACCGAGCACGACUCGGCCCUGUGCGCCUUCCCCAUGGACAACAUCAACAAAGCCAUCGCUGAUGGGGUGGAUGACUGCUGCGAGUCUGGGCCGGAGCAGCUCUCCAGAGGCCUCUGCCAUUUCCAGCCAUGUGAGAGCUGCCCACACGAGAGCAUGGAGAACAAUGCCACAUGCAGAGACCAUCCCACCAUGGUGUCAAAGCCCUACUACAGAGUGGACCUGUUCAACAGGCAGAUGACCGACGUCCUGCUCACCUCUCUGCUGGUUACAACUAUAGAGAACAAGACUGUGGCUCAUAUCGGCACCUCCACUGGACGCUUACUCCAGCUUGUAUUGACAAGGUCCAGCCCUAUUAUCUUUGCCAACUACUCCCUGGUAGAGAACCAGAGGGUCUCAUCCAUCGCUGCCGUGUACUCGUCGGAGUAUCUUCUCUUCGUGGUUGGAGACAAGAUGAUUCAGGUCCCUCAGAGAGGGCCGGGCUGUCAACACUUCCUGACUUGCGCCAUGUGUCUCACAGCCCCUAAGUUCAUGGGCUGUGGCUGGUGCGCCGGAGUGUGCACGUGGGAAAGUGAGUGCCACAGCUCCUGGAGGAAUGAGUCUUGCCCACCUGGGAUCACUGGGUUCUUCCCGCCGACCGCUCCCCCCGAUGGUCAAACGGAGCUAACGGUCUGCGGCUGGGAGUUCCAGUCACCCCAGAAACCUGCCAUCACCUCCAGAACCCACCAGGUCCGACUGGGACAGACCGCCUGCACGGUGAUUCCAGGCAAAAGCAACAACACACACCUGGUGUGUAAGAUUCGCUCUGGAGCCAGUGAGCUGUUCAAGCCAGUCAACAUCACAGUGGAGGUACAGGAGACCAAGGCAGAAGGACGCUACGCUAUCGAAGGCAAAGCAGAGAUGCCGGGCUUCACAUUUGUGAUCCCCAACAUCACAGACAUCCAGCCCAACUAUGGACCUCGUGUUGGGGGAACACUCAUCACAGUGACUGGACCCUACUUGGAUGCUGGGAAGACUAGGAGAGUCACUCUCAAUGAUGUGCUUUGCCCCAUAAAGAGGUUGCACUUUUUCAAAAGUGUUAUAAUUUUAACGUCUUGA